CGUAGAGAAGGUAUUUGCACACAAGAGGCACCAAAUAAACGAGGAAGUUAUAUACUGCGCAGUUUCAAAGUGACUGAGUAAAAAUCAUUUUGAAUUGUAAUAGAUUUCCUGACAGUCCAUAUCAGCAAUACAAUGUCUGCAUUGCCUAAAAAGCCAAAUACACCUCUUCCACCAACCCCUGAUGAUGAGCAUUACCUCAAUUUCGAAGAAGAUCAUACUCAGAAAAAAGCUAGUAAGGCUAGAUCUGAAGGUUCGAAUACAGAGAACUAUGAAGCUUUAAGUGAAAGGAAGCCAGCAGCAAGUAACAAUGCUACAUUUGUGAACCUACCUAAACAGCCAGAGAAGGAAUCAUUUUUUAUGAAAUACAAGUGGAAGAUCAUCAUAUCAGGUGAAGCUUGCAUUAUCCUGUUGGUUCUAUGCCUCAUCAUUGGAUUGGCCAUCGGAGGAAAUUUUCAAGAUAAGACAGCAGCUCUGAAAGAUGUAUUAUGUGACAAAGUAGCUUCUAACCAAGAAGUCGUGGAGGAUGUGACUGGCAACAAAACAACUUCUAAACCUGAAGAUGGAAACAUUUGUGAUAUUUCCGGGGGAACCCCCUGCUCUGCUGAUUGUACAGGGCUUGAUUCCCUUGUUAUAUUACAAGCAAAAGACAACCACCCAUUCCUUGCUAUGUGUGAAGAUGGUUGGCUUAUAUUGAUGCACAGAUUUGAUGGAAGUGUUAACUUUGGACAACCUGUCGGUACUUGGUAUGCUUACAAGAAUGGAUUUGGCAGUGUAUUAGGGGAACACUUUAUAGGAAUGGACAACCUUGUGUCUGUGCUGAAACAAAAGAGAUAUAAAGUUCGAUUUGAGUUGACAAGCUGGGCCAAUGAAACAAGAUAUGCUGAAUAUGAGGAGUUUGAUAUCAGUGAUGAGGCUGACAGAUACAGAUUGGAAAUAGGUGGAUACACAGAGAGUAGUACUGCAGGUGACUCAAUGAGUUAUUCAAACCAUCACAUAUUCUCUACCAGUAUAAAUAUGGACCUUGGUGGUAUUCAUCAGCAUACUAUACUUGCGAAGGCUAUCAAGGUAGCAUCACAGGAAAAUAUAGUAAAACAAAAUCAUGUAGUAGUCCAGGCUAUUGCAUAUCGUGG